GGGCCGCAUUCCUGCAUGUUUUCCAACAUCAACACACCUGAACCAGGUAAACCAGGUAAUCAGUCAUCAGUAGAGCUUGGAUAUGUCUGGAUCUCACCGGCCCUCGAGGCCUGGAGUGGCCCGCCCUCAUGUGUGUAUUAUUCACACUUAUGCGUUAUUCCGGUGUGUCGGUUUCACACGUGUGUUAUACUGGUGAUCUUCGAACACGACGGCGUUUUCAUCCAUCCGAGCGCCGAAGAUGGAGAGCAGGAUCUUCUGAUCUCAGGUUCCCUCCGGAUCCUCGACAAGGAUGCUGAGAUGGUGGUGGACUUCAGGCCUCUGGAGGAUGCUGUUGAUCCAUCCAACAUGCUUUGUGCUGGAAAGGACUCCAGCUCGGUGGUGGAGUGGGCUCAGAGUCCUCAGGAGCGGACCCAGCCCCUGGAGAGCCAGCAGAGCUACGAGACGGAGUGGGACAUGGUGAACGCUGUGUCCUUCAGGAAGAAGCCCUGCACCAACGGAGAGGGCUCCCUGAACCACAGUCAUGAGAGGAGUCGCUGGGGCUUUUCAGUCAGCAUCAGUGACCUCAGGUCCAUCAAUGUGAAAGAUGAAGGGUGGACCUUCCUCAUCCUCCAGCUGAAGGAGUCCUCCGUCUCGCUACCACCCCUGCACUUCCACCAGGGCGGCAGUAGAGAGUUCCUGGACAACCUGAGGAGGUUUGCUCUGCUCACAGAGUCUGCAGAUGAUAGCUCCUGUCUGCUGGUUAGCACCCCAAACAAAGCUUUGUCACAGUCCUUUGAGAACCUUCUGGACGACACCGGAGGAUUUAAUAAGUUUAAGCGAGAUCCGUAUGUGGCCACGCUCGACAGCUUCUCCAAAGUUACCAACUUCCUCUAUGAUGCUCUGCGAGGCACGGAAGACCAGCAGCAGCGCCCCCCAGAGGAGAUGGUGGAACUGCUGGGCGAGGUCAUCCCUGGCCUGGAGAUCAACCAGCAGGAGGAGCCAGGCUUCGAGGUCAUCACCAGGACCGAUCUAGGACAGCGGCCUCAGGUGACCCGUUGGGAACCACUGACUGCAGAAGACUGGACCAAUCAGCUGGACGCAGAGGGGCGGGUGUUGGACGUUGCACAUGUCAAACACGCCGUCUUCAAAGGAGGUCUGUGUCACGCCAUCAGGAAGGAGGUGUGGAAGUGUCUGCUGGAGUAUUCACCAUGGAGCAGCACGCUGGAGGGGAAGAAGCUCCUGCAGAGGACCAAAACAGACGAGUACUUCAGGAUGAAGCUACAGUGGAAGUCCGUGAGCGAGGAGCAGGAGAGGAGAAACUCCAGGUUGAGAGACUACAGGAGUCUGAUUGAGAAAGAUGUGAAUCGGACUGACAGAACCAACCGGUUCUACGAAGGGAUCGACAACCCCGGCCUGGCUCUGCUGCACGACAUCCUGAUGACCUACUGCAUGUACGACUUCGACCUGGGUUACGUCCAGGGCAUGAGCGACCUGCUCUCCCCCAUCCUCUACGUCAUGGAAAACGAGGUGGAUGCAUUCUGGUGCUUUGUUUCCGUCAUGGACCAGAUGCACCAGAACUUUGAGGAGCAGAUGCAGGGCAUGAAGACGCAGCUGCUCCAGCUCGGCACGCUGCUCCGACUGCUGGACCCCGCCUUCUGGAACUACCUGGAGGCUCAGGAGUCGGGUUACCUGUACUUCUGCUUCCGCUGGCUGUUGAUCCGGUUUAAGAGAGAGUUCAGCUUUCAGGACGUUCUGCGGCUCUGGGAGGUGUUGUGGACCGGGCUGCCCUGCCAGAACUUUCACCUGCUGGUGUGCUGUGCCAUCCUGGAUUCAGAAAAGCAGAAGAUCAUGGAGGAGAACUUUGGCUUCAAUGAGAUCUUGAAGCACAUCAAUGAGCUCUCCAUGAAGCUGGACAUUGAGGAGAUUCUGCAGAAGGCUGAAGGAAUCUUCCUGCAGAUAAAUAGCUGCAAGGACCUGCCUCAUUCCGUCAGCACCAUCCUGGGUCUUCACGAGCGGUGCAGAGAAUCCGACAGCUCAGAUUCUGGAUCGGCUGCGGCACAGCGGCCGGCUCACCGGCGGGACGCCUGUUCUAACGGACACUCGGGACACUCGUCGCAGUGACAUUGCAGAGACUGACGCUGUCUUUGGGGGAGGGGGAGGGAGGGGUGUCGAAAAUCUUAUUUUUGUAAAUCGCCAUGCAUCUGUGUCCAGCUGCUGGGUUUUCUUGCCAUGUUUUAUAUAAAAAAACUCCCUUCAAGUUGGAACAGGAAGUCCACCUCUGGCAUCACACGUUUCAGAGCAAAAGGAUCUGGAUUCUGGAUCAGAGCUGCUGCUGGAUCGGGUCCUCACGUGGUUUGAGUUCAACACCACCGGUCAGAAAUUCAGUCUCCAUCCUCUGAGUUCUGAUUGGAACAGAAGUUCUGGUUCCGAGCUGAUCCAGUGGGUCUGAACAGAUCUGUCAUAUGUACCUAUGUAAUAAAAAGACCAAUGUUUUUCUUC